UCAUGAUUUUCACCUUUCAACUUUUGACAUACUCAACCAUGCACAAAGCUAAAAGCAUGAAACCUCCCCAAGUUACCUUGUGAACCACAGUUCUCUGUACCAAAAAAACCAGUAUUUAAGGAAUUCGUUUUUUUAUUUCGCAAGAAAAUUUUCCUUAACAUCAUAUUCAUCGAAUUCCUCAAAAAACAAACCUUCUAGUUCAUUCCCUCUACACCUUUUCCCCCUCUUCCGUUACAUAAUUCACAUGCCGAAAAUUCUGUAACCCCCCAACAAAACUCAAAGCCUUUUUUGUUUUUCCUCACGACAAACACAUUAGUGCUUCAUUCUUUAACGGGGGAUUUUGGUGUAGGAUGGGAUCAAUGGAGAACGUUUCCAAACCAAGGAAGGAAAACCAGAAGUUUGAAUUGCCAGCGGGUUUUAGAUUUCAUCCAAGGGAUGAAGAACUCAUAAAUCACUACCUUACAAAGAAGGUUGUUGACAACUGUUUCUGUGCUGUGGCCAUUGCUGAGGUUGAUUUGAACAAGUGUGAGCCAUGGGAUUUGCCUGGGUUGGCUAAAAUGGGUGAAACUGAGUGGUAUUUUUUCUGUGUGAGGGACAGAAAAUACCCAACUGGUUUAAGGACUAAUAGGGCCACUGAUGCUGGUUAUUGGAAGGCCACAGGCAAAGACAGGGAGAUCAUAAUGGAGAAUGCACUCAUUGGGAUGAAGAAAACCUUGGUUUUCUACAAGGGAAGAGCUCCUAAAGGUGAAAAGACAAACUGGGUUAUGCAUGAAUAUAGGUUGGAAGGGAAGCAUAAUCAACCCAAUCCUGGAAAGAGUGAAUGGGUGAUUUGUAGAGUCUUUGAGAAGAGUCCUUGUGGGAAGAAAAUGCAUGUUCUAAAGUGUGGAAGGCUCAACAACUCCUCUGGAGAGGAACCAUCAUCAUGUGCUUCUCUAUUGCCUCCUUUGAUAGAUUCUUCUCCAUACAACAGUGAAACAAGAACCACCACUGCUGGUGAGUUGUCUCAGUUGACAUGCUUCUCUGAUCCAAAUCAAACUGAGGAUCAGAACAACACACAUGAUGACAUUGUUGAUAGCAUGGAAACUCCUAUUUUGAACUUCUCACCCUCUUCAAGACCUGAUGAUGCAUCCACUUUGGCCAAAGCAACCCUUUCUUCAGCUUCAAACCAAUCAGCACAGAUUGCCCACCAAAUUGGGAACUCACAGUUCCCAGAUUAUUAUCAUGUGCCUCAAGAACAGUCCAUGUUGAGGAUGCUGAUGGAAAAACAAGGACCAAUUGCAAACCAAAUUCAGAAACCAGAGUUUUCUGAGGGAAGAGACUUUGAUGCUGAUAUCUCAUCUAUGAUCUACAACAAUGACAUGAUGCACAGAAUGUUUGGGAAUCAAGAACAUUCUUCAGCUUCUGCAGGGCCCGUGGACACUGAUUUCCUAUGGAAUUACUGAAGAAGGUUAAGGAAUAUUAAUUUAGUGUAAGACAGAAAAUAUGUUAAUUAUAUUUAUAUUUAUAUUUAUAUGGUACAUACAGGUUGAUUACCUGCAACUGCAUGAACUUAUUCUAGGAAUUAUGGGAAAUGCAUGAAAUUGAAAUUCCCCCCUCUGGUUUAUAACUUUGAUAAAAAUUAGUGCUGAAUAGUCCAUAUUUUAUAUG